AUGCUUCUGUCAAGUGUCCGUUAUGGACGUUUCAUACCCUGGAAAUCAAUGCCCGGUAGUGUUUGGGGUGGUAAACAACGGAAAAUCCCCCGUUUAACUAAUGCGCGUAAAGAAGCGUUUUUGGAUGAGCUUCUUAUUUCUCGCCAAAACCAUAUGUACCUUCAGAAACCGUAUUUCAGUGAAGAAGUUGAAGCUGCUACUCUAGCUGAUGAAAAAAUGCGUGAAUUGCAAAUGGAAGAUAUGAUUUUCUAUGAUCGAUAUGCUAAACAAUUCAAUCGUCGUUUUCCUACACGUAAUCUGGAAACAUUUUGGGAUAAUUUGUCAAAAACUAAACGUUAUGAUGUUUGA